AUGGCCGGUCCAAUACGACAACCCAUUGACUUGGAUAGUCUCUCCAAAUACAUUGACAAGCACGUCCCCGACAUCAAAACCCCUCUCGAUGUCAAACAAUUCGGCUAUGGCCAGUCCAACCCAACAUACCUCCUCACAGACUCGAUCGGCAAGAAAUAUGUUAUGCGAAAGAAGCCUCCGGGGAAGCUCCUCUCUAAGACUGCCCACCAGGUCGACCGAGAGUACCGCAUUAUAGACGCCAUGCAAUCGACCGAUGUCCCAGUCCCGAAAGCCAUGUGUCUGUGUGAAGAUGAUUCCAUUGUUGGAACAUCCUUCUACAUCAUGUCUUAUCUGGACGGACGCAUCUUUUCCGACCCCGCCAUGCCGGAUGUCAGCCCUGCGGACCGUACGGCAAUGUGGAAGAGCGCGGUGGAAACACUGGCAAAGUACCACAGGACACCACCGAAGAGUGUAAACAUGGAGAGCUUUGGAAGGCCGAACAACUUUUACAACCGCCAAUUGAAGACUUUUGCGACGUUGAGUUUGGCACAGGCUGAGACGAAGGACAUUGAGACUGGUGAGCCAGUGGGCAAGAUCCCUUUCUACGACGACAUGGUCAAGUUCUUUGGACAGAAAGAGACGCAGCCGCAAGAUCGCGGUACAUUCGUGCAUGGAGACUACAAGAUCGACAAUGUGGUCUUCCACAAGACAGAACCAUAUGUGAUUGGAGUUUUGGACUGGGAAAUGGCCACAAUCGGACAUCCCUUGAGCGAUGUGGUCAAUCUCACAGCGCCAUACGCACAUGCAGCCGCGGCAGAGAACCAGCCUGGAGAUGCAAAAGCCAUGGCCGCUUACAGAGGAAGUGAUGCUUUCUUGAAGGGAAGAACUCCUGGGCUACCCACCAGGGACCAGAUUUUGGAGUGGUAUCAUGCGGUCGUGCCGUGGAAGUAUGAGCCAAAGGAACUCACUUGGGGAGAUGCUUUUGGUCUGUAUCGCGGAGCGAUCAUUUGUCAAGGGAUCGCGGCGAGAUAUGCGGUGAGACAAGCGAGUAGUGAGAAGGCGAAGGAUUAUGGUAUUAUGAUGGGACCGUACGGGGAGGAGGCGUGGGAGAGUGUGAAGAGAUAUCGGCAACAGGUGGAGGAGGAGAAGAGUGGGAAGUCGAAGUUGUAG